AUGGAUAUAGACGCGGUUGUAGGGGAUGUUGGUUCUUUCGAUCCUGAGCUUUUACAGCUCCCGGAAUUGUCUCCGUUUGCGCUUAAAGCUAGUCCCCAAAUUGCCGAGGAUUUGUACGCACAGUGGCUUUCGCUUCCUCAAACCGGUCGAUUGGUGAAAUCUCUAAUUGACGAUGCAACCGCAGGCAUUCCCAUCAAUGCCCUUGGGAACUCUUCAAGUGCAAAUGCUGCCGGGAGCAUUCAUUACCUUCCAUGUUUCAGGCUGGAACUGAAAACUAGUCCUUCUUCUCUGCGAUCUCCGCUAAAAGUGGUUAGUGAACCAGUUCGAGAAGCCAUUCCUCAGUUCUAUUUUCAAAAUGGCCGUCCACCACCAAAGGAACUUCAGGAGCAUUGUCUUUCUAGAAUUAAUGACCUUUUUGGUGGUCAUAUGGAUGGAUUGCAACUUCACGAGUUUAAGUUGGUUACGAAGGAGUUAUGCAAGCUACCAACAUUUUUCUCCUCUGCUAUCUUUAAAAAGAUAGAUACUAGCUGCAGUGGGAUAGUGACCAGGGAUGCAUUCGUCAGAUAUUGGGUUGAUGGCAAUAUGCUGACAAUGGAUACAGCAACUCAAAUAUUUAAAAUUCUAAAGCAGUCUGAUAGCAAUUACCUUACUCAGGUAGACUUCAAACCCAUUCUUCUAGAGCUUGUGGCAACCCAUCCAGGGUUAGAAUUUUUACAUGGAACUCCUGAAUUUCAAGAAAGAUAUGCUGAAACUGUAAUAUACAGAAUAUUUUACUACAUAAAUAGAUCAGGAAACGGUCGCCUUACUCUCAGGGAGCUGAAACGAGGAAAUCUAAUUGCUGCCAUGCAACAUGCAGAUGAGGAAGAGGACAUUAACAAAGUUCUGAGGUACUUCUCUUAUGAACAUUUUUAUGUUAUAUACUGCAAAUUUUGGGAGCUGGACACGGACCAUGAUUUCUUGAUUGACAAAGAGAACCUCAUUAGAUAUGGUAACCAUGCCCUUACCUACAGGAUUGUUGAUAGAGUAUUUUCGCAGAUUCCGAGAAAGUUUACUAGCAAGGUUGAAGGGAAGAUGGGUUAUGAAGAUUUUGUUUACUUCAUGCUGUCAGAGGAGGAUAAGUCGUGUGAGCCUAGCCUUGAGUAUUGGUUCAAAUGUAUAGAUUUGGAUGGAAAUGGAGUCCUUACACCCAAUGAGUUGCAGUUCUUUUAUGAGGAGCAGCUGCAUCGUAUGGAAUGCAUGGCCCAAGAACCUGUUCUAUUCGAGGAUAUUUUGUGCCAAAUAGUUGACAUGAUUGCACCAGAGAGGGAAGAUUAUCUCACACUAGCUGACUUGAAAGGGUGCAAACUUUCAGGAAAUGUCUUCAAUAUCCUUUUCAACCUUAAUAAGUUUAUAGCUUUUGAAAGUCGUGAUCCAUUUCUUAUUCGCCAGGAACGCGAGGAUCCAACUUUGACAGAGUGGGACCGCUUUGCACACAGAGAAUAUAUAAGGCUGUCAAUGGAAGAAGAUGGUGAGAAUGCCUCUAAUGGAAGUGUAGAAGUAUGGGAUGAAUCACUCGAGGCUCCUUUUUAA